GUGCUCUUGAAGGACGGUGAGGGCCAUGCCCACGUCUGGGCUCCUGCAUGCAUAGCUUUCUAUCAUGGAAGAAGGAGGUGGAAAAGAAGAGGUGAUUGAUCUGAAUAGUUUCCGGAGCCACCGAGGGAAAGACAGAAUUAACCACAGAGACGAGGGGCUUAUCACCAUAUCGGACUCCUCGGAUGAAGACUUGCCUGUGAUGCUGGACAUACCUGUUCACCGGCAGUGGGAAGAUGAGGAAGAUGAUGAUGUAGUCAUCUUGAUGGAGCCUGCCUCGAAGAAGCUGCUGCGCCCCAACGUGAUCCGGCCGGCUGCCCCCUGGCAAAGCGCCAGCAAGUCAGGGGAGGGGGGAUCCCAAGGUGACGUGGCAGCCACCGGGCCCCCCGAGAGGCAGAAGGCGAGGACCCCUCCCUCUCCGAGGCGACCCGGCGCUCGCCGGAACGGCCCGAAGGCGAGCGGCGUGGUCCGGGGCAGGAACGAAAGGGAGGAAGAGGUUUUGGAGCUGCCCGACUCCCCCGAGCCGAGAGAGCUUGGUGGAACUGUUUCGGAGCCUGGCCCCAGCGCGGGUCGGACGCCAGAGGCAAGGCCCGGCGGCGAAAAGGAAGUGAUUAAUCUGGAGGAGGUGGUCCUGGUGGCUGAUCCGGAGGAGCCACCCCGGAGGGAUCGGGAACUGCAGCCGCAGCUAGUGCCAAACCUCGGCGGCUCCGUCCAGUGCGUGGAGGAGGACGCUCAUCGAGAGCACCCUUACUUCCAGCCGACAGAGGAGGAGAUCCGUGUGGUGCUUGACCUCCUUGCUCCUAGGCAGGACCUUGGGCCGCUGCCGAGGGUGUAUCAAGAGGAGAUCCCGGGCCCUGCCUUUCCCAGGCCCGAACCACAGCAGGAUGGAAUCCCAGGGCCGGCUUCCCCUCAGCUGGCUCACCCACCGGAGGAAAAGGGAGGCCCGCAAGCAGCAAUAAACGAACAGGCUGGCCCGGCUUUUCCAGUCCAGGGCUCUCUAGAUUCCGGCUCCAGCGAGAUUCCCAAACAAGGUGCUGUUCAGGUGGACAAAGACUUCAUUGCUCUGCUCGUCAGAGAAACAGAAGCGAGGUUUCCAGAUGCAACAAGAGAGUAUAUUGAGGAACUUAUACAGAGCAAAAACUGCUGUGACUUAAACAUACUCUGUAAUUUUCUUCUGGAAAACCCAGAUUAUCCAAAGAAGGAAGGCAGAGUGGUGUUAAAUCCCAAUAGCAGCUUGCUGUCCAGCCAAGAUGAGACAAAGGUGCCUAAAGUAGACUACUUUGAUCUCUCCAAACUGGACCCACUUGAUCAACGUUGUUUCAUCCAAGCGGCCGACCUCCUCAUGGCAGACUUCAAGAUGCUGAGCAGCCAGGACAUCAAAUGGGCCCUCCACGAACUCAAAGGACACUAUGCAAUCACACGAAAGGCCUUCUCCGAUGCCAUCAAAAAAUGGCAGGAGCUGUCUCCUGAAACCAGUGGCAAGCGAAAACGAAGGAAAGAGAUGAACCAGUAUUCUUACAUAGAUUUCAAAUUCGAACAAGGUGAUAUGAAAAUUGAAAAGCGCAUGUUCUUCUUGGAGAACAAGCGGCGACACUGCAGGAGCUAUGAUCCCCUCUCUCUCCUCCCAGCCGUUCAGCUGGAACGGGAGUUUUACGAACAGAAGAUUAAAGAAAUGGCCGAGCAUGCAGACUUCCUCCUUGCCCUGCAGAUGAAUGAAGAACAGUAUCAAAAAGACGGUCAGAUGAUCGAAUGCCGCUGUUGCUACGGGGAGUUUGCGUUCGAAGAACUCACGCAGUGUGCCGACGGACACUUGUUUUGCAAAGAGUGCCUAAUAAAGUAUGCUCAGGAGGCUGUCUUUGGCUCCGGAAAGUCGGAGCUCAGCUGCAUGGAAGGGAGCUGCACCUGCUCGUUUCCGACGAGCGAGCUGGAGAAAGUCCUUCCUGAAAACAUCCUAUGUAAAUACUACGAGCGGAAAGCAGAGGAAGAGGUGGCUGCGGCCUGCGCGGAUGAGCUAGUCAGGUGUCCCUUCUGCAACUUUCCAGCGUUACUGGACAAGGAAGUGAAGCGGUUCAGCUGUCCUAACCCUCGGUGCAGGAAGGAAACUUGCAGAAAAUGCCAGGGCCUUUGGAAGGAGCACAUGAACCUUACCUGUGAACAGUUGGCUGAGAAGGAUGACAUAAAAUACAGAACCUCUAUAGAAGAGAAGAUGACGGCGGCCCGGAUUAGGAAAUGCCACAAGUGCGCGACCGGCUUGAUCAAAUCAGAAGGCUGCAACCGUAUGUCGUGCCGCUGCGGGGCCCAGAUGUGCUACCUCUGCCGAGCCGCCAUAAACGGGUACGACCACUUCUGCCAGCACCCCCGAUCCCCGGGAGCCCCUUGCCAAGACUGCGCAAAAUGUUCCCUUUGGACAGACCCCACGGAGGACGAUGAGAAGAUAAUCCAGGAGAUUCAGAAGGAAGCUGAAGAGGAGCAAAAGAGGAAGAACGGAGAAAACAGUUUCAAGCGGAUUGGGCCACCAGUAGAAAAGCCGGCAGAGAAAAUCCCACGGAUUGAAGCCAUUCCCAGGCCGGUUCCCCAGAACCUUCACCACCAAAUACCCCCUUACCCCUUUGUGCACCCUCCCUUCCCCUUACCCCCCGUCCGCCCGCUGUACAAUAACAUCGGCCCCAUCAACCUGGGGCCCAUCCCUGCCCCUUACGUGCCCCCACUGCCUAACAUGCGGGUGAACUACGAGUUUCCCCAGAUGAACCUGCAGCUGGAGCACAAUCUGCCUAUGCACUUUGGUCCACAGCCUCGGCAUCGGUUCUGAUCCGUUUCAGGGAGGCACCCGUACUUUUGGGAGGUCACUGCAGGGAAAGUCCACACACUGGCAGACAACCUUCUCUCCCAGAGUCCCUUCCGGAAAAUCCCUUGAGCACCAGGACGCCCACCCCAUCCUCCCUCCGGACCGGUCUUCGCCCGUCUUGAAAUCAGCCUUUGUUUUCCACCGUCUCUGCUGCUCUGCAGAGGUUUACCAUCUAGGCCGUGGUUGCGAGAAAGUGGGGAUGCGGGUGAGGCAAAGCGUUUUUUCUGGUGCUUUUUUUUUUUUUUGAGACUGUUCCUUGUUUAGGAAGUACAUUCUCCCCAGGAUGGAGAGAGAUGGCAC